GUAAAAACAAGCAACGCAACUACUCCAAACUAGUAGAUUGACGGCAAACGCCGAAGUGAACGAAUCGAGUUGUCGGUGCGGCAAACAAGGGAAGCUGCGGGCCCUGAUUUUGGAUUUGCACUUGUUGACUCUUUCCUGCCUCCAUAUUAAAUCGGCUCUUGUCCCCUCUCCCUCCUCCUCUUUCUUCCCUCUCUAUCUCUCCAAGCAAUCCAUCCAGUCCCAUCAUCUGUCUUUCGCGUUCAUCUUCUUCGGUUGAUACCCCAUUCUUCGCGCCGUCGCUCUUCGAUUUUCUGCUCUUGCACGUUUCCAUCUUCUUAUCACACACAAUGAAGACCUUCUCGCUCUCCCUCGCUCUUCUGGCCGCUGCCAGCAUGGUCAGCGCUGAUGUCUCUGUCAGCGACUGCGCUCAAAUGUGCCUUAGCAACAUGAACAACAAGGCUUCUGAGCUUGGCUGCUCCAGCGGCGACAUGUCCUGCCUGUGCAGCAAGCCCGACUACAGCUACGGUAUCCGCGACUGCACCGCUCAGGCUUGCCCCAAUGAUGACGCCAACGCUGUUGCCUCGUCGGCUCUUGCUUCCUGCCCCACUUCCUCUGGCAGCUCCGACUCCGCUUCUGCUACUGGUGCUUCUAGCACUGGCUCCGGCGCUGGCGGUGCUGGAUCUACCACCUCUGCCUCUUCGGCUACCGGCAGUGGUGCUUCGUCUGCCUCUGGAACCAACAGUGGUAACACCAGCGGUGCCACGACUGGCGCUACCACCAGUGGAGCGGUAAGCUUAACUUCUGGUGCCACGUCUGGUGCGACCACCCUGAGCACCAUCACCAGCACGAGCACUAGCACCGGCACUGUCUCUGGCCAGACCACUCUCAGCACUAUCACUGGCACCAGCACCAGCACCGGUACUGUCUCUGGUGCCACCUCCGGCUCUUCUGGCAGCUCUACCUCUGGCUCUGGCUCUGGAUCUAGCUCCAACGGCUCUGGCGGCUCUUCCUCGGCUACCGGAACUGCUCCCUCUUCCUCCGAGACCACUGGUGCUGCUCCCAAGCUUAACGUUGCCGGCAGUGGAAUCGCUGGUGCUCUUGGUCUCGCUGCUAUGUUCCUUCUCUAA